ACGCGGCUUCCUUACCUCAUUUGUCCUCGCCCCUCCCCGUUCCUCUACGUGUUUCGGUUCCUGGUUGGUGCUUCCUGGUCGCAGCCGCGGCACACUAAGGCUUUCCAUAAUGUUUGGUGGCUAUGAGACUAUAGAAGCAUUUGAAGAUGAUCUUUAUCGUGAUGAUUCAUCUAGUGAACUGAGUGUUGAUAGUGAGGUGGAAUUUCAGCUCUACAGCCAAGUCCAUUAUGCCCAGAAUAUACAUAAUGCCAACAAGGAGGAAGGGUAUGAGGAAAAGAACUGUGAGAAUUCUGAAACAGUGAGUAUUCAACCAAAUCAGAAGAACUUAAUCGUCCUUUCAGAUAGUGAAGUCAUCCAGCUAUCUGAUACAUCAGAGGUCAUCACAUUAUCUGAUGAAGAUAGCAUUUAUAGAUGUAAAAGAAAAAAUAUUAAAGUCAAAGCGCAAGAAAAGACCCAGAGUCCUGCUACUCCUCAUUCUAAUAAAGUGGCUAAGAAAUGCAAGAGGAAUAAUGAAAAGCCUGAACCUGAGGAGAGGUCAAGUGUGAUCCGAGAGGUUAUGAUCAUAGAGGUCAGUUCAGAUGAGGAGGAAGAAAGUACCACUUCAGAGAAUGAACAUGUGGAAAGCUGGAUGCUCCUGGGGUGUGAGGAAGACGAUAAAGACAAUGGCAUCCUUCUCAACCUCGUGGGGUGUGACAACACUCGCCCUGAAGGAGAAGAUGAUGUAAAUUGGUUCAUCAGUGACAAAGACAUUGAGGCCAAGAUAGAUAAUAACAGAUCAUCUGGAAGGUGGAACAACCGAUACUAUUCAGUCAACAAAAAUGUCACAUGUAGAAAUUGUGAUAAACGUGGCCAUUUGUCAAAAAACUGCCCCUUACCACAAAAAGUCCGGCCCUGCUGCCUCUGCUCCGAGAGAGGACACCUCCAGUAUGGCUGUCCAGCCCGUUACUGCUUAGACUGCUCUUUGCCCAUGUCUUCCACCCACAGAUGUUUUGAAAGAUCUUCCUGGAGAAAACGAUGUGACCGAUGUGAUAUGAUAGGCCACUAUGCUGAUGCUUGCCCAGAAAUCUGGAGGCAGUAUCACCUAACGACCAAACCUGGACCACCAAAAAAGCCAAAGACUCCUUCUGGACAAUCAGCAUUAGUGUAUUGCUACAACUGUGCACAGAAAGGUCAUUAUGGACAUGAGUGUACAGAGAGACGAAUGUUUAACCAGACGUUUCCAACAUCUCCAUUCAUAUACUGCUAUGAUAGCAAAUAUGACAUCCAGCAAAGGGAUCGGAGAAUAAAGCGAAAACUGAAAGAUAUCAAGAAAAAUGGAGAUUUUCCAAGGCAGUUCAAAAGACCACAUGUAGAAGAGACAGAUAAGAGGCAUUACCAUGAUAUGAGAAAAAGCCAUUCCUCAAGAAAACAUAGUAGGUGGCCUCGAGAAAACAAAGAAACACAGAAGGAGAAGGCUGGGAGUAGAGAAGGCAACAGGCCCAGGAGGGAUCACCAUUCUCGGGAUGAGGGUGAAGACUUCCCCAGGGGCUCAAAACCCAAUUCCUCUGGCUACAUUACCAACCGGAAGCCUUCCCGAUCCCUCCAUGCAUCCCAUUACCACAGGCUGAGAGAAGAGAAGUUUCUCAGAGAGAGCAAGCGGAGCAAGCCAAAGAAAAGGGAGUGUUCAGAUGAUGGCAGCCAUGAUGAUUUAUUUCUUAUUAAGCAAAGGAAGAAGAAACCUAAGCCAAGUGGCUUCUGACCUGGCCCCGUGCAUCAGUGUUCUGGAAGUGCUUUAGUAUCUGUUAAAUGAGGAGAGGCUGGGGAUUUGGAUGUUGAAUUCCUGCCAUACCUGGAGUUGCCGUACAGAGGCCACUGAUAGUGCAGGUCUGUGUCAGCAGACUGUCCUUAGGUAGGAAGGCAAACUAGGUAGAAAAUUGUCUUUUCAAGAAAACCUUUUUAAAUGCUUUGAAAAAAUUACAAGAUCAUCAGAUGAAUUCAUCUACAAUAUUUAAGGACUUAAAAGCUCAUUGGAAGAGAGUUUAUUAUUAAAGUUACUACUUUUUUAGUAUUUUUUUUUAAAAAAAAACAACACGGGAAAAUCAAUGAAAAUUCAAGCUUUGCUUGUGUUAGAGACUGUUGUCAUCUUUCUCUGUACAGAACAGCAUAUAAAAUGAAGCUAUCACCAUUAAAUCCUGGAGGAGUUGGAGGACAGGCCAUAGCAAAAUGCACAUAUAGAACUGUGCAGUGUGGGCAUGCAGGACAGGUGUAAGAGGCAUCCUCAGACUCGAAUGCAGUCACAGGGGCACUGUCCUUACAGGUCACAGCCAUGGUUCAAGAGACUGAUGAAUAUCACCAACCUAACUUGUCCUCGUGGGUCUUUUUAAACACUGCAAAGCUAUUUAGAACCUUUUGUACUUGUGAGCCUUUUUUACACUUGUGAAAUCCUAAUGUUAGAAUAAGAAAAAUAAAAUGCCUGAAACCAUA